UUUACUUAUUUAUCAUUUUUGAAGUGCCACUUCCUUUGGAAAGCCGUUUCUCCUUACAAACCUUUAUAUACAUAUAUAUAUACACACUCGGUUUGUCUAUAAGUGUGCGUAUGUGAAACGUGUUAAGAAAAGGAAUUCAAAACUUCGCCCCAUCAAUCAACAUGUUAGAUCAGGUCAGGUCUCGAUGUCUGUGUCUGAUGAACUCUCCGCCCUCUGGCUCCUCCGAUAAAUCAAACACAGAUGUUGAAGCAAAGACGGCCCACUUCCUCUUCUCUGUCCAGCGCCGUGGAGGGAGGCUGAGCAGCUUUUGGCCAAAAAGGACGGACCUGAUAAAAGGGAAGCUUUUGUCCCAGAAUCACUGGAGUCACAGAGUUUGGAUCCGUGUGGAGGUCAGGUUCAUGGAGUCUUCUCUUGAGUUCUCCAGCUCUCUGGGCAGCGUGUCCUCCCUGAUUAGCCGCUGUCGGACCUUCAAGGUGCUGGUGAUUGGAGACUCCGGCGUGGGGAAGACCUGCCUGUCGCACCGACUGUGCGCCGGGGAGUUCCUCCGCAGAACUGAGGCCACGAUCGGGGUGGACUUCCGUGAGAGGGCGCUGGAAGUUGAUGGAGAGAAAAUAAAACUCCAGCUGUGGGACACCGCAGGACAGGAGCGCUUCCGGAAGUCCAUGGUGCAGCACUAUUAUCGGAACGUCCACGCAGUGCUGUUUGUUUAUGACGUCGCCUGUCCGGCCAGUUUUGAUGGACUGACCGCCUGGGUGGAAGAGUAUCGGCAGAACUCUCUGGGUCAUGAAAUACCCAAGUUCCUCAUUGGGAAUAAGAGCGACCUCCGUGAUGCCGGCAGAACCGGCUGCCAUGUGAGCCAGGAGCUGGCGAUGAACUUCGCCAAGACUCGUGGGAUGGUUUUCUUUGAGACUUCUGCCAAGAAUCUACCUAAGAAACGCUUAAACGGACAACAAGGUGAAGGAGAGGAGCUGCUUCAGCGGAGUGAAGUGGAGGACAUUGUCACUGCAGUCGGGACGAUGCUGAAGAGACACAAGACACUAGUGGCUAACUCACCAGCGUACAGCGGAUCUUUUAAAGUUCACAGGAAAAAGCAGGAAAAGGAGCCAUGGAGUUGCUGCUGAGAACAGUUCUGAUUCCCUCCACACUCCACCUCCCACCCCCGCACCCCCAAGUUGAAAAUGUGACUGGAAGCUUGGCUUUUUAAUAUAUGAGCUUCUAAAUGUAAAAAUUCACCUUAUGAUUAAUUUUGACCGAUGCCAAAUGUUUUUUUUUUUUUUUUUUUUUUUUUUUUUUUUUUUUUUUUUUUUUUUAAGAGCUUUGAUUUUCAUAAUUGAUGUAUUCCUUGAAAAUGUUCUGGAUAUUUGCAAUCUUAUUGUUUAAAAAUAAAAGACUGUUAAUUCAAACAUCCUUGAGCCUUCAGCACAGUGAUGUUUAUUCUCAGUCUGUGUGGUCUCACUGGGAAUGUGUGUUAUCUGGGACCGUUUUCCCACUCCGACUCUUUCCUUUCAGACACUGCCAAUGGAGACUCCAGGACUUCAGGUUGCUCCAGGUCAAAAUAUGGGGAACAUAAUUUUGAAAGAUCAAUGAUUUGUACAAUUUCCAUGUUUUUGUAUUUGUUGUACUGGUGC